AUGUUGAUCGAAUUCUUCUGGGUUUUCCCAGUCAUCUCUGCUUCGACAUGGCUAACCACGCUGUCGGGCAUGUUGGGACACUGGUAUAUGAUGGGAGAACCAACAUUUGGCAGGAUGCAGCCUGGACAAACCAUUCCAUUCAUUUCUGAUAUCGGAGCGCAACAGCUCAAGCCACUCUUUAUGAUCGGAAGUUUCAUCACAAUGUUCUUCAUGAACGUAACAUUCUACCAAUUCGUGCAUUAUAAAGAGCACGUCAACAGUCUUUUCGUCUAUGCCUCAUUCCUUUUUGCGAUGCUUGGAAGCGUCGGCCUGAUUACACUAUCUGUCUUUGACAACCUCGAUCACUUACUACUCCACGACACCUCUGUAACUAUAUUCUUGACGGGCUACUUGGUCAGUGCCGUGGUCAUCUGCAUGGACUACUUCUACCUGCGUGCUUCGAAUCGCGUGAACAAGCGCAUGCUUAUGACAAGCUUUAUGAUCAAAAUCACCUUUGUUAUUGUCGAGUUAGCCUUUAUUGUGGCUUUCCGCAUUCUAGCCGCUGGCGGCAACUUGCAAUCAGAUACAGCGGCUGUUUUAGAGUGGAUCAUCGCUUUCACAUUUACCGGUUAUAUCCUUUCUUUCAUUAUCGAUCUCCUACCAUCAAGUCAAAAAUUCCCGGACUCGCACCAAUAUCAGCAGCUGGAAAUGGGGAUGGACACGAACUCAUCACGGCUGAUGAUAUAG